AUGUCCCAACCCCUCUUCGGCCUCGUCCCCGCCGGCCAACCAGCCAUAAUCUCCCCCACCGAAGCUCCCAAUCCCACCUCAUUCCUGUACGCCAUCCCACCGACCAACCCCAAUGGUCCCUCCAAGCCCUUCGGGCACGUCGUCGUCUUUCUUUUGCCGGGAGUAGUGUUGCCUCCGGGCACAGCAGCAGCGAUCUACCUCGUCACCCCGCCCUCUGCCGCACUGGGGCAGACGGCGCCGAACUUCAAGUUCUUGGGAGGGAUCGGCCCAGGGAAGGAGAGUGCUAUUUUCAAAGUUGGGCCUGGAUCCACAGGGGGAGGGGGAGCGAAUGGGGCACCACAGGAAAAUGUGGUGAUUGGGGUCUCGGUUGAGGAUGCGGAGAGUGUAGCUUCUAGGAUGUCCUCUUCUCCAAACACAACUGGAGCAGGAGUAGGGGGGACGGGAGACUCGGGAGCGUUGGUACCGGCUUCGGCGGCGGCAGCCGCACGACAGCAGCAGCAGCAGCCAAGUACGUUGAUUUUGGCGCAGAGGAUCAUCAAGAAUGCGUUCAAUUUCUUGUCGAGCUUUACCGGGUCGACGCCGGGCCAGAUGGAGGUGGUGCCGCUUAAGGCGUUUGAGGAGUGGUGGAAGAAGUUUGAGAGUAGGGUGAGGACGGAUCCGGGGUUUUUGGAGAAGGAUGAUGAUCAAUGA